UAACUGUCCGAGGACGCCUGCGUGAGAUGCUUCAUGCAACGUUGUAAGAUCGCCAGUGAAGGCGACGAUUACUUACACGUUGUGACGCCUGGUGGAGACAGCCGUAGAAAAGUCGACACCUCGGCCAACACCCGCGCUCUAUCGCUGACUCGUGCGAACCGAGACUACGUUGCCCCGUGGACGGCCGCCGUGCUGACGAAAGCCGCGAAUCGAAGCAGAUUGGGACUCAAUCGUGGUCGCUGCACCUGCCGGAUGGACGAGAUAUGUCCCCCAGGUCUCAUUAGUCGCUCACUAAUGACCUGCUCUGUGGAAAAGCUCAUGGCGAUGGGGGAGAAGGUGGUGACGAAGGUGGGGAAGAAGGAGAAGCAGUAUACUCGAAAUCAUGGAGGAGGAGGAGGAGUUCCCAGCAAUGGAGGAGGAGGGGGAGGAGGAGGAGGAGGUCCCGAUGGAGGAGGAGGAGGAGGUCCCGACUAUGGAGGAGGAAGCGGAGGAGGAGGAGGAGGUCCCGACUAUGGAGGAGGAAGCGGAGGAGGAGGUCCACCAACAUUGGACAAUAUGGACAAGGAAGUGGAGAGGACGAAUGGGGCAAGGCUAGGCGAGGAACAAGGGCAGAUCAGACAUCAGAAAAGUGGGUCAAGGGCAAGGGUGGCUGUGGCGGGGGUGUGUGUAGAGCAAGGUGGGGGAGGAUGGGUUGAGUUGCGAGAGGAGCAAGAAGUCAGAAGGCAAGCGUGGGUGAUAGCCAAGGUCAAGGUAGAAGGGGGACAUGCCAGUGGAAAGGCAAACGACGUUGUUGUAGGCAAUCUCGACGGCGGUGAGCAGCUGAUCAUAAUCGUGCUGGUGGGGAUGACAAUACUUCCGCAAGAUUCUUUGGAGAGUAUCGUUCAUCUUCUUGGUCUGUCCGUCGGUUUGUGGAUGGAAUGCAGUGCUGUACCUGAGCGUGGUUCCGUAGGCAUUGAAGAGUUGUUUCUAGAAUUGGGAGAGAAAGCGGGGGUCACGAUCACUGAUGAUAUUCUCGGGGAGGCCGUGGUGUCUGGCGACAUGGUCGAAGAAGAGAAUGGCAAUGUCUUUGGCAUUGUGCAAGGUGGUACAUGGGAUGAAGUGAGCACGUUUGGUCAGGCGGCAAACAAUGACGUAGAUGCAGUCAUCCCCACGGUCGGUCUUGGGAAGACCGCACACGAAGUCCAUGGAGACGGACUGCCAGCGGAGCUGGAUGUGGGUCAUGGCGGCGUAGACUUUCUCAAGGGGCUUGUGGUCGGGGCGGCGGGAGAGGGCAUCGGCAACACGGUUGCUUUUGUCGGGGGUGUGGCAAAUGGUGAAGGUAAAUUGGGCAAGGAAGUCGAGCCAGCGGGCUUGGCGAGGGGUGAUGUCUUUCUUGGUAAGAAUAGAGGAAACGACGCUGUUAUCGGUAUGGAUGGUGAAAUAUUGCCCGUCGAGGUACGGGCGCCAAACUUUGAGGGCGUAGACCACGGCGAGGAGCUCCUUCUCGUUGGAUGGGUAGUUCAUUUCUGCGGGAAGGAGUUUCUUGCUGGCGAAUGCGAUGGGGUGCUCGYCGGGUGGGCAUUGGGAGUGAGUGGGGGAGUCCUUGAUGGAGGGGGUUUCCACGGGGUCGGGGGGAAAGUGCUGGGAUAAGACGGCCCCGAUGGCAAAGUCGGAAGCAUCCGUGGUGACGAAGAAGUGGCGAGUGGGAGUCCUUGUAGUCUGUUGGGUUCAAGAGGGUUGGGGGCAACUGAUGGGCUGUUGGGUUGGGCGACGUGCCGCACCACAGCU